AUGUCAGCCCUCAGCCUGCUCAUUCUGGGCCUGCUCUCCGCAGUGCCACCCGCCAGCUGUCAACAAGGCCUGGGGAACCUGCAGCCCUGGAUGCAGGGCUUGAUUGCCAUGGCUGUGUUCCUGGUCCUCGUUGCAAUUGCCUUUGCUGUCAACCAUUUUUGGUGCCAAGAAGAGCCGGAGCCUGUGAACAUGGUCGUGACUGUUGGCAACAAGGAAGAUGGGAUCCUGGCAGGAACGGAAGGAAGGUACUCCUCCAUGGCAGCCAGCUUCAGGUCCCACGAGCAUGAGAAUGCCUAUGCAAAUGUCUCCGAGGAGGAGGACAAGGUCCGAAGCACCCCCAUGUGA